GGUAUCUUCCUGCUGCACAUGUCAGUUGUAAUAUCCAAAAAAUUUUAAAUUUGGAUAUGGAGGAAUAACUUCUCAAACUCCUUUAUUCCCAACUUUAAUUGAUUCUCCUAAAACCUUAUCAGGUUUGGAUUCUCAACGCUACUUAUAUUCUCAUUACUUCUGCUUCUUCUAUACAGAAAGUGAAGAUAGGGUUUAGCGGAAGAAAGUUGUUAAAUUGCUGCAUGGAUACAUUAGAUCAAACUGUGCACGUUCUUGACCUGUCUCCCAAGGUGACCCUCAGUGAGCUUAACACUUUCUUCUCCUACUGUGGAAUGAUAGACAAAGUUCAGCUAGUGAGAUGGUAUGGUUUUGGGCAGAAACAAAGACCAAUCACAGAUGGCUUAUGUGACAUUCAGGCAGCCUUAUGCCCUCCAAACUGCUCUUCUCUUAAGUGGUGCCACAGUCGUAGAUCGUCCUAUUCGUGUAUUCCGUUUGCAGAACUUGGUGGAUAUUCCCAUUUCAGAGGAAACGAUUGGUGGAUCCCAGAACAAUCAAAGGCAAGGUCUCAUUCCAGGUGCAGAGUAUGUAGUGCAAGCUCUGGCUUUGGAAGGAUAUGAAGCAUUUUGCAGGGCCAAGGAAGAACUGGAGGAGAGAUACAAUAAGCUGUCGGAGAAAGGGAGGGUACUGACACAACAAACGAGAGUGGCAAUCUCUGCAGUGGAGCAAACGGCAGAACACAUGAAGUCGGCAAUAAUGAGCAACGACCGUUUCUCUGCUGCAGGCUCCCUUUGGCUAUCUGGUGUCAAAGAUGCACUUGACAAGGCAGCCAAGUGUGCUGCCGACUUGGGCAACACUAGCAACACCAAGCGAUGCAACCCCGACUCCAGGAUGCAGUAAUGACUCAUCACUACUCUUUCCUU